AUGGCAGCGCGCGGCGGCGAUAAACGUGGUCUGGAACAUUUGGACGAAUAUGAACCUAAACCGGCAAAACAACUGAGAAGCCUUCACGAACAGAUGCUAGAUAGGCGCCUGGUUGUUGUUCUCGAGGGCGCAACGCUAGAAACUGUAAAGGUUGGUAAGACGUUUGAGUUGCUUAACUGCGACCAACACAAGAGCAUGAUCAUAAAGAAUGGAAGAGACCCAGGAAAAAUUCGGCCUGAUAUCACACAUCAGUGCUUGCUGAUGUUGCUGGACAGCCCGUUGAACCGUGCGGGGUUGCUGCAGGUCUACAUUCACACAGAGAAGAACGCGCUGAUCGAGAUCAACCCGCAGACCCGCAUCCCACGAACCUUUGCUCGCUUCUGUGGGCUCAUGGUCCAGCUCCUUCACAAGCUCAGCGUGAGAGCAGCAGAUGGGCCUCAGAGGCUGCUCAGGCUCAUUAAAAACCCAGUGUCGGACCACCUGCCCCCUGGCUGCCCUCGCUUUGGCACCUCCUUCUCUGCCCAAGGGGGUGCAGUCUGUCCCCGGACCAUAGUGCCUGCGGAGGGGCCUGCCACUGUGGUGAUUGGAGCGUUUGCGCAUGGAGCAAUAAAUGUGGAUUACACAGAGAAGACAGUGUCUGUCAGUAACUACCCCCUGUCGGCGGCUUUGACGUGUGCAAAGAUAUGCUCUGCCUUUGAGGAGGUCUGGGGUGUGUUGUGACCUGAGGAGAGCUGAAGUCUUCUUUAAGCAGGAGUGCAAGGACUCUGAUGUAUGACAAUGAGUUGUUUAAAGGAAAAACGUGUGUGUGUGUGUCAGUCAUUAGGAGAGUGAGAGAAUGUUUGGAGUGAACUGUGUUUUGUGGGGAAGAAAUGGACUUGUGUGUUUGGUUGUAACAUAUGUACUCAGUUCUGGCUCUGUGAAAGGCAUACAUAAAAUCUAAAUCAGGGCUUCCGUGUAUCUGUUACAGGGAGGAUAUUCCACAUUGUAUAAUUUUCACUGUACAGUUUUUUUUCUUG